CAAGAAAAGCCAUGAAUAAAACCAAAGCAAAAGCGUCACCAUCUGCAAUGCCAUUGGUGAACAAAUUACCUCAGACCUCCCUCCAAUGGCAGACAACAACGACCUCCUCCACACCGCGAUCAGAAGGCUCGCCUCGGUAGCCAACCACCUCCUCAUUUCCCCUCCCUCCGCCGCACUCGCACCUGAACUUGCGCUCUGCCACACUUCCAGUUCCAGCAGCACCUACCAACGGGUUCACGGCGAUGUUCCCUCUCACGACGUCGUUUGGAGUACCGCUUCCGAUGACUCUGGCAAGGACUUCACUGACAUUCUGUACGAGAAGGCUGUUGGGGAAGGAAUAGCCAAGAUUACUAUUAAUAGGCCAGAGAGAAGGAAUGCCUUUCGGCCCCAUACGGUUAAGGAGCUUAUCCGCGCUUUCAAUGAUGCAAGAGACGAUGCCUCUGUUGGGGUCAUCAUUCUCACCGGGAAGGGAACCCAGGCAUUUUGUAGUGGUGGUGACCAGGCCUUGAGGACCGAAGAUGGAUAUUCUGAUUAUGAAAAUAUUGGUCGCCUUAAUGUGUUAGACUUGCAGGUGCAGAUCCGCCGCCUUCCAAAGCCAGUAAUUGCAAUGGUAGCAGGUUAUGCUGUUGGAGGAGGACAUAUAUUACAUAUGGUUUGUGAUCUAACCAUUGCAGCACAUAAUGCCAUAUUUGGCCAAACUGGACCUAAGGUAGGAAGCUUUGAUGCUGGUUAUGGAAGCUCUAUCAUGUCCCGUUUGGUAGGUCCCAAAAAAGCACGUGAAAUGUGGUUUCUCACUAGGUUCUAUACCGCUGUUGAAGCAGAUAAAAUGGGCCUUGUCAAUACUGUUGUACCACUAGAAAAUUUGGAGAAAGAAACAAUAAAAUGGUGUCGGGAGAUACUCAGGAACAGCCCAACUGCGAUUCGGGUUCUUAAGUCAGCUCUUAAUGCAGUGGAUGAUGGGCAUGCUGGACUUCAGGAAAUUGGUGGGAAUGCAACCCUGAUAUUUUAUGGAACUGAGGAAGCCAAUGAAGGGAAGACAGCAUAUAUGCAGCGUAGACCCCCGGAUUUUUCUAAGUUUCCUCGGCGACCAUAAAUUCAAAUGUUUUUAUGUGAAUUUUUGUGAUCAAUUUGAGGCAAAGACCUCUAGACUAUCCAAUAUUUAUAGUGGGGAAAAAUGAUUUGAUACCCACUUAUUCUUGCCAUUGUAUGAGGUUGGUGAUAAAAUGAUUUACAAGAUCUAACUGAUUUGUCUUACAAGUUAAAAAGAUGAACCGCUCAACAGUAGCAUCCA